UUUUUCAGACGCUUGCCGGCUUCGCUGCACUACAAGGAGCUGUACUACCGCACCGAGGAGGCGUUUGAAUGGAACAUUGUCACAAAGUGCUUUUACGAGGGAUACCAUAGCGUCUUUGCUGCCGCCCAUGUCGGUCUGGGCAUCGACACGCCAGAAGAAUGGUCGUUGAGCUUGUUUGGCCCCAUAUCAGAGGCAUGGUCGGUACGCCGGUAUUGGAGCAGGUACUGGCACAACUACAUCUACCACUCCUUCUCGGGCCACAUCAAGUGCGUGACACGGGGCUGGCUGGGCAUGAGGCGCGGGUCCGUCUUGACACGCUUGGUGGAGAAUACGCUCGUCUUCUUUGCGUCGGGACUGAUGCAUUCGCUUGUCCGUUGGCAACAGGCUCCCCAGGACGACGUCUGGGCUAUUACCGUUUUCUAUCUUGCGCAGAUGAUUCCUCUCGUUAUUGAGAGCGUCGUCGUGUAUUAUUGGAGGAAGGGGAAAAAGACCAUGGGGCUAACCGACGACAGAAAGUGGCUGAGCUGCGCAGAGUAUGCUAUUGGAUAUGCUUGGACCUUUGGCUGGCAGUUUUACAGCGUGUCGACGUACUACCUGGUGAGGCAGCAGUGGACAAACGAAAUGAUGCAGAAGAAGUGG